AAAACCAGACCCUCCCCAAUUCUCCUGCGUCUCCCUCUUCUUCCCCUCUCACAUAUCUCUAACAAAAAAACCCUAGCCGUCAAGAGCUCCACCACCGUCGCCGCCUCUGCCUCCCCUGCCGCCGCGCCGCUGUCCUCCCCUCGCGCCCCGCCCCGCCGCUGUCCCCCCCCCCCCCCCCGCGCCGCUGUCCUCUCCUCCCUCUUCCUCUCCCGUGCCCACCGUUCACAGCCUGCUGUCCCCGCCAUCAUGAUCGAGAUCUACGCCGUCGCCUGGCUCCGCGACGUCCAGAUCGGCUCCGUCCGCGUUCUCAUCAGCAACGUCCAGAUCGACGUCCAGAUCGUCUCUACACCAAGCUCUCUGCCUCCGGCGUCGGCUUCAACGACCUCCUCGACGCCAAGGCCACCGCCGGGGGUGCGAAGAAUCUCGAGGAGAAGACCGCCAAUGCUAGUGGUACCAAUUCCUAUUGGUACGAUACCACUACUCACUGAUACGUACCAGUGGCUCCCCUACCACUACUCACUGGUACCACUAUCAUCUAAUACCACUGUUAUCUGUUUUUUUCUGUUAUUCUCUACUGGUACCGCUACCAAUGCUAGUGGUAGCGCUACCAGUGCUAGUAGCGUUGUGUUAUUCUCUACUGGUAUCGUUGUACUGGUAGCGUACCACUAGUAUUGGUACAUUUUUUACUGGUACCGUUAGUACUGGUACAUUUUUUAACGUACUGGUAGCGUACCACUAGCACUGGUAUAUUAAUUACCAGUAGACUAAUAGAUUGGUACACUUUUUAACGCAUUGGUACAUUUUUUCAGGUUGCCGGAGGGAGUCUGCCGGAGAGAAUUCGCCGGAGAAAAAGUUUGUCAGUCGAUGCGGAGUGGCUGCUGGAGAAAGGAAGAGAGAGAGAGAGAUAGAUAGAGAUAUUAAUGUAUAAGAUUUAAAUUUCAGAAAAAAAUUGUAUUUAAUAUGGGUAUUAAAUUUCCAAUAUAAUUAAUACAAAAAAGGUAAUUAAUAUAUUCAUUUUUUCCAU